GCACAAACAAUGCCCCGGCGAGCGGUUAAAGGUUGCGCCGCUGCGCCGCGGAAAUUAGCCCCUUCACCGCCCGCACCCCUACAUCUGCUACUGCCCCUCUAUCUUGAACACUGUUCUGCAAAGAUACUCAAUUCACUGCGUUCAAGAUGCCGACCACACUCAAGGAGUUCGAGAGCGUAUGGCCGCGCAUUGUGGCCGACCUUCAGGAGCACUGCAAAUCAUACAAGCUGCCCCAGCAGUCCCUUGAUUGGUUUACCAAGUCACUGGACUACAACACCGUCGGCGGAAAAUGCAACCGUGGCAUGUCUGUUAUCGACACCACUUCAAUUCUGCAGAACAAGUCUCUUGACCCAUCAUCAGAAGAGUACUUCCGUGCUGCCCUGCUCGGAUGGAUGAUCGAACUCCUCCAGGCUUUCUUCCUGGUUUCGGACGAUAUCAUGGACUCUUCAAAGACCCGUCGUGGCAAUCCCUGCUGGUACCUUGCACCCAAGGUCGGCAUGAUCGCCAUCAACGACGCCUUCAUGCUGGAGUCAGCCAUUUACGUGCUCCUCAAGAAGCACUUCCGUCAGGAGAAGAGCUACGUCGACAUGAUUGAGCUGUUCCACGAGGUCACAUUCCAGACCGAGUGCGGUCAAUUGUGUGACCUUUUGACUGCCCCCGAAGACGAUGUCAACCUUGACAACUUUAGUCUUGACAAGUUCACCUUCAUCGUCAUCUACAAGACUGCCUAUUACUCUUUCUACCUCCCAGUCGCACUGGCGCUCUACUAUGCUGGUGCAGCUACACCAAAGAACCUCCAGACCGCAGAAGACAUUCUCAUCCCCAUGGGCGAAUACUUCCAAGCACAAGACGACUACCUCGAUGCAUUUGCUGACCCCACCGUUCUCGGCAAGAUUGGCACUGACAUCAUGGACAACAAGUGCUCAUGGUUGAUUAACCAGGCCCUUAAGAAGGUCACUCCGGAGCAACGAAAGGUGCUAGAGGACAACUACGGUCAGAAGGACUCGCAAAAGGAGGCCAAGGUCAAGGAGCUGUAUCAUGAGCUUAAGCUGAAGGAGUUCUACGAGCAGUGGGAAGAAGAGCGCGUUACCGAUCUGAGGGCGAAGAUCGACAAGGUUGAUGAGAGCGAGGGCUUGAAGAAGGUGGUCUUCGAGACUUUCCUCCAGAAGAUCUACAAGAGGAGCAAGUAAGCUGAUGACUAAUUAUACCAUAUGAGAAAAAAACCUCGAGUGCCCACAGAAUCCAACGAACUGUUAGAAUCACCUCGUGGCUCACAGCAUCUUGUUCACAUUGAUCAACUAUAAUGCCAUCAACACUAUUCCUGCACACAAUUAGUACUGAUG